CAUCACGUCUGAGAGAUGGACGCAGCCAAUUGCAUGGAAGUGGAAUGUGAGAGCCAGGGUCUUAGUAGUUUGCCGUGUGGAAAAUCAUGCUAUUUGAUGUUGAUGCUGCCAGAACAACACGCUGCCAUGACAGAGCCAGAGUCUUCUGGCUCUAGACCAAAAGGGGCCUACGAUGUAUUUCUGAGUUUUAGAGGAGAAGAUAAUCGCAAGACUUUUACAGAUCAUCUAUAUACUGCCUUUGUCCAAGCAGGAAUCCACACUUUUCGAGAUCAGAAUGAAAUUCCUAGAGGAGAAGAAAUCUCCAAACAUCUUCACAAGGCAAUUCAAGAAUCAAAGAUAUCUGUAGUGGUCUUCUCAAAAGGAUAUGCUUCUUCUAGAUGGUGUCUUAAUGAACUUGUAGAGAUUCUUGAGAGCAAAAAUAGAAAAACUGAUUAGAUUGUUCUUCCUAUAUUCUAUGACAUUGAUCCUUCAGAAGUGAGAAAACAGACAGGCAGUUUUGCAAAAGCAUUUCAUAGACAUGAAGAGGCUUUUACAGAGAAGGUGAAGGAGUGGAGAAAAGCUCUUGAGGAGGCUGGAAACCUAUCUGGAUGGAAUCUCAAUGAUAUGGAAAAUGGGCACGAAUCAAAAUUGAUCCAAGAGAUUGUCAAGGAUGUGUUGAAUAAAUUGGAUCCCAAGUACAUAAAUGUUGCCACUCACCUAGUAGGAAUUGAUCCCCUUGUCCUUGCUAUUAGUGACUUCCUAAGUACUGCAACAGAUGAGGUUCGCAUUGUGGGCAUACAUGGGAUGCCAGGAAUAGGAAAGACAAGUAUAGCAAAAGUUGUAUUUAACCAAUUCUGCUAUAGAUUCGAAGGAAGUUGUUUCCUUUCGAAUAUCAAUGAAACAUCAGAACAAUCUAAUGGUCUGGUUCUUUUACAAGAACAACUUCUUCAUGAUAUUUUAAAACAAAAUACUGUUAACAUCAGUAAUGUUGUUAGAGGAAUGGUUCUGAUCAAAGAACGAAUUUGUCACAAAAGAGUUCUUGUUGUUGUUGAUGAUGUGGCUCAUCAGAACCAACUAAAUGCUUUGAUGGGAGAGCGAAGUUGGUUUGGUCCCGGAAGUAGAGUAAUAAUCACGACUAAAGAUGAACACUUGCUUCUUAAAGUGGAUCGAACAUAUCGGGUUGAGGAAUUGAAACGAGAUGAGUCCCUUCAACUUUUCAGUUGGCAUGCCUUUGGGGACACCAAGCCAGCAAAAGAUUAUGUUGAGCUUUCGAAUGAUGUGGUUGAUUACUGUGGAGGACUUCCUUUAGCCCUUGAGGUUUUAGGUUCUUGUUUGCCCGGGAAAAACAGAGCUAGAUGGAAAUGUCUAAUUGACAAAUUGAGAAAAAUUCCAAACCGUGAAAUUCAGAAAAAACUUAGAAUAAGUUUUGAUUCACUGGAUGACCAUCAACUCCAAAAUACAUUUCUUGAUAUUGCAUGCUUUUUUAUUGGUAGAAAUAAAGAAUAUGUAGCAAAAGUACUAGAAGCCCGUUGUGGUUACAAUCCAGAAGAUGAUUUGGGAACUCUGAGUGAAAGGUCUCUGAUUAAAGUUGAUGCUUUUGGAAAGAUAAGCAUGCAUGAUCUAUUACGAGACAUGGGAAGGGACAUCAUUCAUAAAGAGUCACCUGGCCACCCUGGAAAACGCAGCCGAAUUUGGCAACGUGAGGAUGCAUGGAAUGUACUCAACAAGCAUAUGGGAACGGAAGUGGUAGAGGGUCUAGCAUUGGAUGCCAGAGCAUCAGAAGAUAAAUCACUUAGCACAGGAUCAUUUACAAAGAUGAGAUUCUUGAAGUUACUCCAAAUCAAUGGAGUACAUCUCACUGGACCUUUCAAACUGCUUUCUGAAGAGUUGAUAUGGAUUUGUUGGCUCGAAUGCCCUUUGAAAUCUUUUCCAUCCGAUUUGAUGUUGGACAACUUAGUUGUUCUUGAUAUGCAGUAUAAUAACAUUAAAGAAUUAUGGAAGGAGAAAAAGAUUCUCAACAAGUUGAAAAUUCUUAAUCUCAGUCAUUCAAAACAUCUUAUUAAAACACCGAACUUACACAGCUCAAGCCUAGAAAAACUAAUGCUUGAAGGUUGCUCGAGUUUAGUUGAGGUGCAUCAAUCUGUUGGACAUUUAAAGAGCCUUGUUUUAUUGAAUCUGAAAGGAUGUUGGAGGAUAAAGAUUCUUCCCGAAAGCAUUUGUGAUGUAAAGUCUCUUGAAAGUUUGAAUAUUUCGGGGUGUUCACAACUUGAUAAAUUACCGGAGCGGAUGGGUGAUAUUGAAUCCUUAACUGAGCUUCUAGCCGAUGAAAUUCAGAAUGAGCAAUUUCUCUCUUCAAUUGGACAUUUAAAGCAUGUGAGGAAGUUGUCAUUGCGUGUAUCCAAUUUCAAUCAGGACUCACUAUCAUCUACAUCUUGUCCUUCACCAAUUUCAACAUGGAUUUCAGCAAGUGUUUUAAGAGUGCAACCUUUCUUGCCAACUUCUUUCAUUGAUUGGAGAUCAGUGAAACGUCUUAAACUUGCUAAUUAUGGUUUGUCUGAAAGCGCAACUAAUUGUGUCUAUUUUGGAGGUUUGUCCUCUCUCCAAGAAUUGAAUCUAUCGGGAAACAAAUUCCUCAGUCUGCCUUCUGGCAUCAGCGUCCUUACUAAGCUGCAGCAUUUGAGAGUUCAGAAUUGCAGCAAUCUUGUAUCAAUUUCAGAGCUUCCCUCAAGUUUAGAGAAAUUGUAUGCAGAUUCUUGUAGGUCAAUGAAAAGAGUAUGUCUGCCAAUCCAGUCAAAAACAAAUCCAAUUCUGUCUCUAGAAGGGUGCGGAAACUUAAUAGAGAUUCAGGGCAUGGAAGGUCUAAGUAACCAUGGUUGGGUUAUCUUCUCUAGUGGCUGCUGCGACUUGUCAAAUAGCAGCAUUGCGCAAUGGUGGUUACGGGUAUCAGAUUCACUUCGAUGGUGGUACGAUGCCAAGUUGGUUGAGCUUCCAUGGAGAAGGAUCUUCAUUAUCAUUUCAUGUCCCUCCAGUUUUCCAGGGCUUGGUUCUUUGCUGGCAAGCUUUGUGCGUCGUGGAGGUUGGAUAAGAUACGUAAGUAUAAGUGAGAUGGAAAUGGAAGAACAUGGCGGAGAUGAGGAAUUUGAACUCUCUGUGAAAUUGACCAACACAUAUAAUGCAGUGAAAGAAUGUGGGGUUCAUGUGAUCGCAGAGAUGCCCUCAUUUGAAGAGUUAGAAGUUGGAAGAGAUAGGGUGAUAUCUGCACCAUAUCAUUCCUUUUACGGUUCAAUAUCAUCUUCAACAAUCGAGCAGUGGAAAAAUUAUCUACUUACGGAGUUCCCCCUAUCGAGAAUGGUCUUGGUGCGAAAAUUCUCACCUGACUUCACUUAGUUUUGAAAAAUCCAUGCCUUGUGCUCUCUUAGGUUUGAUAUGAUUGGCUUCUUGUAUAAAAUAAAUAAAUAAAGCAUUUUUUUAUUUUGAGUUAUAUAAUCUUCCUUGUUAAAUGCCAA